AUGGAUAACUUUAAUAUUAUCUAAAAUCUUUAAUUGCCACCAUUAUUGUGCUAUUCUUUCGAUUAAGAUCCAAACAUUAUUAACUCUAACAACUAGAUAGACAUUACUAAAUGCAACGGAUUUAACUUUAAUUAAUUUACUAGAGUUAAUGGAAUGUAUUCAUUAACAAUCAAUACGUAGAAUCAAUCAUUUAAAGAUAUAAGACUUCUUUUCUUUAUCUCAGGAGCUUAAGUGAGUUAUUCUUUGACAGCUAGAGCACAAUACAGUGGAGCUGUAUAACAACAGUGUGCCUUUGAUUGUUAAAACCCUUAUACUUAAAUUUCUAGAGGCACUUGCUCAAAUGCUGUUUGUACUUGUAAUGUCGGAUUUGUUGACGAAGAUUGUUCGACUGAAGCUAUUUUGAUAACAGAUAAAUCGUAAAAAAAACCCAUCGAUGGUAAAUAAAUGUAUUAUUAUUACUAUCUUCCAAGUUAACCUAUUUAAAGCUUAAAUAGCGCUUCAGACCUAACUAUUUAAAUUAAUUUAUUAAGUAACAAUCCUCCUAUUGAUAUGUUUGUCAGUAUAUAAGGAGUAGAUCCUAAAAAAAUAAUUCCUACGUCUGAUAUUUAUUUGAUGCACACACAGAUUUCUAGUUCUAGUUAUACCUUAACCUUAAAAGGAAGUGGAUAAUAUGAUAACUCAGGAAACCCUAAAUAUACUGUAUUUGGAUUCACAAUUAUAAAUCAAGGUUCCUCUCCAUCAAAUAUCAUUCAGAUAUCAAUAUCAAGCUCAUCAGGAGAUAUUUCAAACACAAAUUUAUUGAUUAUUUAUUUUUUAGUCGGUAUAGUUGCUCUACUCUUCUUGAUUUGGAUUAUACUAACUAUUAUAAAGAUAAGGUAUGCGCGGAGAAAUCAAAUUUUAGAUCUUACAAUGGCUCAAGCUUAGGUUAAUGCUGCUUAACAAAGAGUGUAGCAGCGCAGAGGAUAAUCCAACAAACUUACUAUAGAAAUUAUAGAUGAAUUCCUCCCUGCUCUAAGUUUUGAAGAUAUUAAAAAGAAAGCUUAAGAUAAAGGUAAAACUUUAAAUGACUCAUGUGCUGUGUGUCUAUGUGAAUUUGAAAAUAGUGAUAUUUGCCGUGAAACUAUAUGCAAUCACUACUUCCACAAAGACUGUUUAGAGUAAUGGCUAAAAAAAUAGGAGAAUUGUCCCUUCUGUAGAACAGACUUAUAGAAAAAUAGCUUGAUUAAACAUUUUAAUUAGAUUAAAAUGGCUAGCGAGUAAAGUAGUGAAAGAAAUCAGGGAGAUAAUGCGGCAAACGCAAAUGUUGCUAACAACAAUAAUAUAAUAAAUGAAUCUUAACCUCUAAGAAAUUAAGCAAAUAAUUAGAGUGUUUAACCUUCAAAUGUUAACCUCGUAAGGAAUAAUGCUGUUAAUCAAAGCUAAUCUUAUCAAGUUAAUAAUCAAGAUAUUUAAUAAAAUGGAAUUUAGAGAAGAAACUAAAAUCAGUUAUCUGUUAUGUAAAGAAAUCCAUCUUAGCGUGGGUUAUAAAUUUCAUAACCUUAAAAUAAUAACCAAGGAAAUAAUAUAAAUAUUGUAAAUUAAAGCAAUAAUAACGAUUUAUAAAUCUAAAACUUAUAAUGA